AUGCAUCUUCUUUUCAUGGGAGCUCAUUUGUUAAAAACUCCACAAUUAGGCGUGCUUGGUACCCUAGAAGCUACGUCGUUGGAGUUGGCCAACGAGCUUUCUAAAUACACAAUUCAUGUAGCAUGUGUUCAAGAUACUAGGUGGAAGGGGCAAAAAGCAAAAGGUAUAAAGGGAUAUAAGUUGUGGUAUGCAGGUUUGGACGGUAGACGUAACGGGGUUGACAUCCUUGUGUCUAAUGAUAUCCUAAAGCAAUUGGUUGAAGUAAGGAGGUGUAAUGAUAAGAUUAUGCUAGUUAGGAUAGUAUUGGGGGAAGAGAUCAUAUCCAUUGUCAGUGCGUACGGGCCCCAAGUUGGGCUCGAUGAGCAGGUGAAAUGCGAGUUCUAG